UCCAGAUAUAAGUAUAAAUAAACCAAUAACCAUCUGAUUUAUUUCAUUGCUGUUAGUAUCCUAUUUGUGUGGACGUAGUGUCAUUGCACCAACUGCUACGUUUGGGUGUUCUAAAAAAAAUUAAGUAUGGUAGAUCUAUAUGUAGAAAACAACUUGGAAGCUUUAAGCUUGUCCAAUUAUGCAUUUUCGUUAAAAUUUUAUGCAGAAUUCAGAAAUUAUGAGGAUAAUAUAUUUUAUUCGCCAUUAAAUAUCCAUGUACUUAUGUUUAUGGCCAGUGUUGGAGCUGCAGCUGGAACUUUUGAUGAAAUGUUUAAUUUAUUACAUUUAAGCAAGAAUAACACAAUUGAACUACUAGAUACUUACAGACGUUUAUAUAAACACUUAGAAGAAAAUCAUGCUUUAAAGGCAGCAAACGGAAUUUUUAUUGAUAAAUCGUUUAAUGUUAAGCAAAACUACUUGGAUGAUACAAAAAAACAUUUAAAAAUUGGUUUUGAAGAAUUAGAUUUUCAAGGGAGACCAGAAGAAGAACGGCUUCAUAUAAAUAACUGGGUUGAAAAUAAUACGUAUGGCAAAAUUCAUAACAUUUUAGCUCCAAAUACGGUUGAUCAAAGCACAACUAUGAUAAUGAUUAAUGCUUUACAUUUUCAUUCACCCUGGCUAUAUAAAUUCGAUGAAGCCAAAGAUGAACCAUUUUACAUUACUCCUACGACCACAACUAAUGUUAAAAUGAUGAGUCUCACUGCAAAUUUAGGUUUAUAUCGAAAUGAAGCUGCCAAAUAUUCAGUAAUAAAGAUACCUUACGAAAAAACCAAUUUCAAUAUGUUUAUUUUAUUGACCGAUUCUAAAGAUGGUUUAAAGGAAGUUGAAGCAAAUAUUCACAAAGUUCAUUUGACUGAUAUUACAAAGGGUAUGAAAAUGCAUAAUGUUAAUUUAAAACUUCCAAAAUUCACGAUCGUUACUCAAACUUAUGACUUUAAAGAUAUACUAUCCAAAAUUGGUGCCCCAACCAUGUUUACAGAAAAAGCAAACUUCUCUGAAAUAGCAACUCCAUCUGAAAGACCACUUUUUAUCAAUAAAUUCAUACAGAAAACACAUAUUGAUGUUACUGGAGAUGGAUCUGACAAUUAUCGUACAAAUAAAAACAAUUUAGAUUUAUCAAAUACAACUCAAUAUCCUAGUGCGAAUUUCCACGUUGAUCAUCCAAUUAUUUUUUGUGUUAGUGGCAAUAAUGAUAACGUCAUUUUUGCUGGUAGAUAUAUACAUCCAUAAUUCAAGUACGACUGCACCAUAAACUGAACAAAUAAAAAUGUUUACUUAAAUAGAUUUUUAAUAAAUAUAAUUUUACUUAUUUUCAUUUAAUUGAACAUAAAUGAAUUGUCAAGGAAACUUAAUUAUUUAAAGAAAUCAACUUGUGUUCAAAUUUUUUAAAACGUUCUGUAGCACGUGAAAUUAAAACGCUGAAUAACCAUUUUAAGACAAUUGCUAAAAAAUGAAUAAUUGUUAUUUUUAUAUUUUUAUUAUAUACGAAAUUAACUAUGCAAUUAUUUUAUUCAAUAAAAAUAUGACAACUUUACUAAGUAA